AUGAGUGUCAAUCAUAGCCAAACAAUUAAGCAAGUCAGGGAGCUAAAAUAUCUCGGUGUUGUGCUCGACCCGGGCCUGACCUGGAUACCCCAUUUAAAUCAGAUCAAAGAGAGAGUGAACAAUUUUAACAACCUCAUCAGACGGGUGGCCAGGGCCACUUGGCGCCUCAAACCAUCGAUCUUAAAAAUCAUCUACCUCAGGGCGACCGAAAGAAUUAUAAUCUACGUCGCCAGUGUCUGGUAUCGCAAUAAUACAAAAAUUAAUGACAAGCUUAAAUCCAUUCAGAGAUCCUCCUUGAUUACCAUAACAAAAGCCAACUCUACUACAAGUACGGAGGCUCUCCAGAUACUGGCGGGAGUGAUACCUAUUCACUUAAAGAUUCUUGAAGAUAUCAGCACAAAAAGAUUGACCUGCGGAUUGGCUGACUUGGAAAUAGUUUUGGGCCACUCUCUGGACUCGAUUGCACUGGAACAACGACCGGUAAAGCAACACCCCUCAAAGUUUGUUUCGGUGCCUUGGGGUAGGUCACUCCCCACUAAAAAGGGGUUGGAAAUUUUCACGGAUGGUUCAAGAGUGGAGUUCACCGAAGAGACCGAUAAUGGAAAUAGGAUAAAGCACAAGACUGGCUAUGGAAUUAUCAUCAAGAGAAAUGGGAUAAUCAUUAAAGCGGACUCCAUUAGACUCUCCAACAAUUGCAGUAUUUUUAUGGCUGAGCUGAUGGCAAUUAAAAGUGCAUUUGAUUGGCUGGCUAAAAAUGACUACCCGGACGCCACUCUUUUCACUGAUUCGCUCUCAUCGUUGCAAGCCCUAAGUGACCCAACUCCAAAUAACAAAGAAACAGAAAAUACUAAACAACUAUGGAGGCCAAACAUCACACGUAACUGGGUCAGGGCACACAUUGGUAUCCUAGGCAACGAGGAGGCGGAUCAGGCAGCCAAGGAAGGCGUCAGUCUCAGCCAAAUCAAUUUAGAGGUCCCAAGUUCCAAGCCCCAGAUCAAAACAAUCAUCAAGUCCAACAACCUAAAUAGAUGGAAAACAGAAUGGCAGAGCUCCGAGAGAGGUCGACAAACCUAUAUUUUUUUAAAGACCCUUCCACCAAACGACUACAGGCCAACUUUUACCUAUACCAAUUACUUACUGGACACGAUGUGUUUGGAGAAUACCAAAAUAGACUUUUCAAUAAAAACCCAAAUUGUACCUACUGUGGGGACAAUCAGACAAUCGAACACUUGA